GAUGGCCCUCAAAAUAAUUGGGGAUGUGCGUUCCAAUUAUUCAAUUGGGUAACAGUUCUUGUAUACCUCGUUUCGCUAGUGCUGUUUGAUGCCAAGAUCUCCGCUUUUUCCGUGGCCUCAAUGUCCAUAGCGCUUAUCCUACUCUUCCCCGUUUUCGAGUUUCCAUUCUGGAUCCUUGUAGGGAGCGGGAGAAACAAAGAUCAUCUUCGCAUCUAUGGGAAGAUCCAUGACUGGACUGCCGUCAAAGGGGGAGCCUUGUUGAUUGUAUUAGCAACAGGUCCCUUUGAACUUGCUGAGGAACUCGCCAAAGUGGUGGGUCACGUAAUCAUCACUGUCAGGAACCUCCUCAACCUCCUCCCCCGCCUGCAACUCGGUACGGAACAGCCACCAUCUUAUUCAGGAAGUACUAUCCAUUUUUGGCAUCGCCCUAUUAACCAAAUUUAUAAACAGUCCGAAACUCAUUCCGUAUCUAGCUCCUCCGGGUCCGCGGCGAAGGUCUGAUUCAAAUUAUCUAUUAUUUAAUUCAUUAAUGUAUUACACCCUAUUCCGUCUCCCUCAAUGCCCUCCUUUUGC